AUGGCGAACCUCGAAGAAUUGCACCAAGCGCAGGUGAACCGCUCCAUACGAACGAUCAAGGCCGAACUCGAGUUCCUCUGCGAUUCCACCAUCAUCUCUCCCUCCACCCUCUCGGACCUCCUAUCCCGUAUCCCGCCGCAGACAGCCCUCCAUGCACCCAUAUCCGUCGGCGCAAUGCCUCCCCCUGCUCAGAAUGCUGGCACACCCUUUUCACCACUGCCGAACAACCCAGUACCUGCUCCUUUAAAUGUCAACAGCAACAGGAACAACGAGAAACAGCAAGACAGCUACUACCCGUCACCAUCCCCUCAACCUCAGGCACAACAAGGGCCACCGCCUCCAGCGUACAACUCGCCCCCUCCGCAAGCGAGCUGGCCCCCGCUCGCGCAAGCAACUGCUCUCUACGCCUACACGUCUACGGAUGCCGGCGAUCUCGAGUUACAGCCCAAUGACAACAUUACUGUGACGGAGUACAUGAACGCGGAAUGGUGGAAGGGCAAGUCGUCGAGGACGGGGCAGGAGGGUAUCUUCCCGAGGUCAUAUGUCAAGGUGGUGGAGGAGAAGAGCGGUUAUGGCAAUCAACCAUUGGAGGUAUCGCAGAUGGGUGACGGCGAAGGCAAGAUGCCUGGCAAAGGGCAAGAAGCGGGCAAGAAAUUCGGAAAGAAGCUGGGCAACGCUGCUAUCUUCGGUGCCGGCGCAACCAUUGGAGGCAACAUUGUCAACUCCAUCUUCUAG